AUGCGUAGCUCCUCGCGGCUUGUUUGGCAGCCCGUCUCGUGCACCACCUUGACGAGUCUGCGGCGGCUCGCCUCUGACAUCCGCCUGCGUACCGACUACGGCAAGGCUACCCCAGCGCAGCGCCCUACGACGAGCAAGAGCCCCAUCUACGUGACAGAGCCAGCAACGCGGAAGGGCUCCUUUGCCCGCUAUGUGCGCUCGGCGCAGGACCAGGCACCGUACAUUGCCGGCGCUGUUGUUGGUGUGUGCAUCUACAGCGCAGCCACACUUGCCAUUCCUGCCGGCUUUGGUGCGCUCAUCGAUUCCGCGAGCAAAGGGCAGAUGCCACUCGGCACGUCGAUGCAACUACUGGGCUGGUUCGGUCUCUGUGCAGUGGGCAAUUACCUGCGGCUGUACUGCAUUGGUUAUGCAGGCGAGAGCAUCAUUGCAAAGCUGCGCCACACCUUGUACAGCGGCAUCUUGCGGCAGCCAACGGCAUUCUUUGACUCCACAGAGAACCGCACCGGCGCGCUCGUGCAGCGGCUGGCCAUGGACUGCAACGUCGUGGGCAGCUCCCUGACGGAGGCGGUGACGAACGGCACAAAGAAUUUGUUCCAGACGAUGGGGAGCGUCACGGUGAUGCUCUACUACUCACCGCUGCUGACGAGCGUGAUUGUGUGCAUGAUUCCACCGGUGGCCAUCUUCGCUGGCUCGUACGGUCGUUACAUUCGAAAGUUGCAGCACCAUAUGCAGGACGCCCUGGCCGACAUGAGCACCGUCGCCGAGGAGCGACUGUCAAAUAUCCGCACCGUGAGGUCCUUCGGGACCGAGGUGCAGGAGGAGUCGUGGUACGGCAGAAACGUUCAGCGUGUCUUCGAUCUCAGCAUGCGCAUGGUGCGCUGGAACUCCGUCUACGUCGCGUCGCUGCAGACGGUGGGGUAUGGUGCCAUGUACUGCAUUAUGUGGGCCGGAUCGAUGCUCGUCACCUCCGGCCAGCUCACGCCUGGCGUUCUCUUCUCAUUCCUGCUCUAUACGGUGUACUGCGGUAUGGGACUCAUGGGGUUGACAAACUUGGUCACCGAGAUCAACAAAGGCUACGGCGCCUCACUGAGGCUCUUCGACAUCUUAGACAAAUCCGAGACGAUGCAGCAGGAGCAGAUGGCGUGCAAGCAGUUGACGCCGGUCCCGUGCGACUGGCGCGUGACGCUCAAGGAUGUCUCCUUUGCCUAUCCGACGCGGCCGGAGGCGUUUGUCUACAAAAAUAUAAACCUUUCCAUCGAGCCGUCCCGCUGCACGUGUGUUGUCGGCAGCAGCGGCUCCGGCAAGUCGUCCUUGGCCAUGCUGCUGCUGAAACUGUACGAGCCGACAGCUGGCUUGGUGCAGCUUGGUGGGCACGACCUCCGCGACAUCAGCUCACAGUGGCUACACGAGCAAAUUGGCUACGUGGGGCAGGAGCCUGUGCUGUUUGGCGGGUCCAUCGCGCAGAACAUCGCCUACGGCAUGCCGGGCCGCAACUGGGAUGACGUGAUCGAUCGCUGGCUCUACCUCACUAUCGUCACCGCCGCCCAAAAGGCCAACGCGCACGACUUCAUUUCCGCGCUGCCAGACGGGUACGAUACGUUCGUUGGCGAGAACGGUCGCAGCCUGUCUGGCGGGCAGAAGCAGCGUAUCGCCAUCGCGCGUGCCCUGCUGCGCAAUCCGCAUAUCACCAUAUUGGACGAGGCGACAUCUGCGCUCGACAGCGAGAGUGAGGUGGUGGUGCAGGACGCCAUCUCGCGCCUGAUUGAGGAGGCGAAGGGCUCGAAGCGGCAGAACACGGUGCUCAUGUUCGCGCAUAAGUUAAGCAUGAUACGCAAGGCCGACCACAUUAUCGUGCUGGACAAGGGUCAGGUUGCCGUCGAGGGCACCUUCGCCGAAGUGUCCACAAACAAGCUCUUCUGCGACAUCGUCGGACUCGCCGCUACAUCACCGGGGAAGACUGGCAAGUCGUGA